AUGUUUUUGUUUUAUUCCCGUUGGUGUGGUGUCUACACUGUUCAAGCCGCUUACAUCCUUUCGUUUUUAAGGCAGCCGCUUUCUAUUGUAGCAGCAGCACCAGACCUGCUGCAGUGGUGCGGCCUGCAGGGGCCAGCGCCCCUCAAGCUAACGCAGGCGUGGACUCAGAAGCAGCAGCAACAGCAGCAGCAGCAGCAGCAGCAGCAGCAGCAGAAGCUGAAUCUGCAGCUGCCGCCGGUGGGUGCGGGCCUUGUGCAGGUGGAGUUAGUUGACCCCUUAGGCGGCGCGCAGGAAGCACGGGUGCUGGAGGAUACGACCCCACAGCUGGGGAUCGCCUCGGGAGACGAUCCCAGUGGAUCGGCUGUUUCGGUGCUGCACAGUGAGGGGGCUGUCCCCGCGUUCACAGGCAGCAGCAGGCUGCUGCUGCACCAUCAUCAUCACGAGCUGCAGCAGCAGCUGCAGCAGCAGCAGCAGCAGCAGCAGGAGAAGGGAGAAAAGCAAGAAGCAAAGAGGAAACACAAAAGGAGACACUUGUCUCCUUUUGCAUUUAGCUUUAACACCAAAGAAAACACAAAAGGAGACAGCAGUCCCCUCACCUCCUUUCUGAAGCUUACUCUUGCUGCAGUGCUGCCUCUUGCCUUGGCCUCUGCGCUGGGGACAGAUGAACAAACAGCAGCAGCAGCAGCAACAGCAGCAGCAAGUGCAGAGAAACAGCAAACACAUCAUCAACAACCCCACCACAAACACCACCAUCACCACCACCACCACCACCACCACCAUCCCCAUCAUCCCCAUCAUCAACACGAACACCGAGACGCCUCUCCCCUCUCCUCCAGCCAGAGCAGCAGCAGCAGCAGCAGCAGCAGCAGCAACAGCAGCAGCGACAGCAGCAGCAGCAAAGACAGCGCCUCUCCCCUCUCCUCCAGCCAGAGCAGCAGCAGCAGCAGCAGCAGCAGCAGCAACAGCAGCAGCGGCAGCAGCAGCAGCAACGACAGCAGCAGCAGCAGCAGCAGCAGCGGGAGCGGUUACUUGCUGCUGUCUGGUUUGUUUGUGCUGCUGUGUUUAUCUCUUUUGGCCUUCUGGAGGGCCCUGCUGGUGCAGAGGCAGCGGAAGCCAAACAAAUACCCUAAACCCUAA